UUAGAAAAAAAUUUGAAUUACCAAAUAAAUACCAAGCUUCAAAUUCUUCUGGUUAUUUAUCAAUGUACACUCUUAACAAAAAUGGGUUUUCUCCCAACAAUAGGAGAUAUGUCCCAACUGAAUCUUUGCUGAAAAAAAGUUGUUCCCGUCAUUGGAUCGUCAUUCCCCGUCACGGGACAACUUACCCCGUCACUGAAUCAACAUCCCCCGUUGACGGAACAACUUCCCCCGUCACUGAAUCAACAUCCCCCGUUCACGGGACAACUUCCUCCGUUCACGGGACAACUUCCCCCGUUGACGGAACAACAUCCCCCGUUCACGGGACAACUUCCUCCGUUCACGGGACAACUUCCCCCGUUGACGGAACAACAUCCCCCGUUUACGGGACAACUUCCUCUGUUCACGGGACAACUUCCCCCGUUGACGGAACAACAUCCCCCGUUGACGGAACUUACUCCGUUCACUGGUCAACUUCACCCAUCACUGAUUGUGAGUCAAGAUCUCCCAUUGUUAGGUCAACAUUUUGGUAUUUCAAGUUCUUAUGGAGUUAUAAUCGACUGGAUCAGUCAUCAACAACAUCACUUUUACUACAAAAAUACAACUCUGGAAUUGGAGAAAAAAGAAAAGAAGAAGGUGAUGGUUUACCUCCACGUUCAGCUACAAUGCCUCCUUUAAAAAGCAUUUUGAAAAAGAAGCAACAAUCAUCAAUUGGUGCUUCAAAUCCUUCAUUAACAACAACAAUGCCAACACCUUUGGGUUAUUCAAAUCAGAGGAAAGGAGGAAUGUUUUCGAGAUUUGUUCCAUUCCGAUCAAUUUCUGAAGAUCAUCAAGAUGAACAACGUCAACGAUCACCACCUUUGUACAAAUAUAAUUUAUUUUCAAACAGCAACAAAAACAAUAAUGUUUCUUCUUCUCCAACAGACUUUUCUACCUCAACAUCCUCUUCUAAUGGAACUAUUGAAGAAGAAGAAAUAGACAGUGGAAUUGCUGAUUGUUUUUACUGCUCUUCUGGAAAUAUUAAUAAAAAUGAAAUAAAUCAACAACAAAAACAGCAAAAACGUGUUUCAUUUUCUGAACAAGUACAAGCAAGAGUUUAUCGUUCAACUUCUUCUAUUCUUGGUCAACGUAAGAAAAAUGAAAAGAAAGCACGUAGUCGUGCAACUCGUCGUUGUAAUUCUGAUGAAUCGGAGACAACAACAACGAAUUCUUAUGAUGCAACUAAUGAUGAAUUUAAACGGUCUUACUUGGGCAUUUAUAAAGACAAUUUAUCAACUAAUAAUAGUGGAAUUGUUUGUAAAUCUAUGGCUUCAUCUACUAGUGAUGGUAGUACUAAUGGUGCUAAUAGUGGAGGAGGAAUGUCUGUGCUAGCUCAAUAG